AUGAUGGUACCGAAGAAACGACGGGUCGAAACCUACGACAUGGAAAAAGCUGGGCAAACAGUAUCGAAAGCAGUUGGGACACGAGGUAGAUUUGUCAAAUUUGUUGACGAAGCUCCACAUGAGCUGAUAUUACAACUCACGUACAUGCUGGAUCGAAAAGACGUCCUGGCGCUCUCUUCUACGAACAAAAUGCUGAGAAAACGGCUCAGGCCCUACGUCUUUGACCAGGUAAAAUGCUCUUGGCACGAACUGACACACUGUUGGAAACUCACGAGUGACGUGCAUGUGCCAAUAAGAUGUCCAGAGUUGGUGGAAACAAUGCGCAUCUCAACUUCGUGUUCAAACAGCGAGUGGGCUUUUCCGUUCCACGUCUUGUUCGACCACGAAUCAUGCAUGACCAACAUCAACAGCCUGGUGCUUCCGACGUCAGGGUCUACAAAUUUCUUCAAAUAUUGCAAAAAAGCCCCACGUCUAUUGAAGCUGCGUAUAGUGGCUGAUCGAAACGAUUCAGAAUUCUCUCUCGAACACAUGCAAAAUUUCCCAGCCUUGCGAGAGCUUUCUCUGAGCAACUUCCACAUCGAGGAUCACGAAAUCACUGAAUUUGAUUUAUGUCCAGACCUCAAAACUGUUACAUUGACUAACUGCACAUGGAGUUAUCCUUUCAACAUUGAGAAACUGGGUAAAGAUAAAAUCUCCGCGCUUCACCUAAUUUACUCUAAUAGCUUCAUCAUGAGCGAGCGCUUCAGAUAUUUCCUUUCAUAUCCCGGCUUUACAAACCUGGAAGAAUUGUCGGUGGUCAAUAACGAAAAUAACUUAAGGCUCACAAUAUCAGUGCAGAUAAUGGCCCUGAUAAAGGCAAUACCAUCAUUAAAAACGCUAAAAUUGACAGGAAAUAUUUACAACGAGGCUCUUAUCCGCGCAAGAGAAUCAAAAGCCCCAAGCCAUACCAAUAUAGUUGCAGUCCAUGAUGUUAAGGUCUUUUAUUCCAGUUUUUUGCGAGACAUACGCUAG